AUGUUGGCCAAGUGUUACACGUCACUUGCGUUGUGUGCCGCGUUGCUCGCCGGCGGAGCCGACGCACAAGGGGCAAACUGGGGAGGGUUCAACACAAUUCGCAACAUCUGGACUGCUGGAGCGUCCAUUGAUUACAUUGGCUCCGGCCCGCUCACAACUGCCAAUGGACCCAACCACAUCAACUACAUCGUCAACGCGCGCGGAGCUAACAACGUCAACCUCAACAAAUUCGCUUUCCCCGGCGCCGUCACCGACAGCCGUUAUGCCACGCCUACUUCGGUCCUAGGCUUCAACCCUAUUAUCAACUGGAACGACCAGAUCACCAACAUCGCCAACGUCUUCUCAGCAGCUCGUCUGGCAGGUAAUGCCUCAUCCAGAGACUCCCUGUUCAUUUUCCUUGGUUCCAACACCGGAAACGAUGUGCUCAACACAUACAACACCACCAACCAGCCUCAGCUCAUCACCAACCUGAUUGGCACAAUUCGCACGAAGUUCGACCAGAUCUACAACGCUGGUGCCCGCAACUUCAUCUUCCUCUCUGUCCUGCCUGCGGAGCUCAUUCCCCUCAUCCAGAGCCGCGGUGCAACCGACAUUGCCAAGGUUGCCGACUUUGCCCGCAACUACCAGACGGCUGUCGUAGCUCUGAUCAACGAGCUCAACAACAACACCAAGUACCGUGGACAGAUCACCAUCUUCUCUCCGGACUUCACUCAGACUCUCCGUGACAUCAAGAGCGGUGCAUUGAGGACUGGACCUACCGCAGGAUACCUGGACCGUUCCGGAUACUGCGCCGAUGUUGGGCCUAUUGGCGAGUUUGUCCCACCCAACCCCGACUACACUUCGCCUAACUGCCAGUACUCGGCCCGCAAGUACCUCUUCCACGACCAGAUCCACUUCACUUCGCCAACCCACUGCGAGUAUGCUCUCAACUCCCUGCGUGCCAUGGGAAUGCUUCCUAGAACGGUCGAAGACACAAACUGUGCUGCCUUCUCAUAUUUCGGGCCCCGACCUCUCCUCCCCCGAAGACAAAACGCAGGUUGCUUCCAGUCUUGCGGAUUCGAAUCGGCUCCCACGGUACGCGACAUUCAUAUUGACUGGCAAUCCUCCGAUUGGCGACCCCCACUGAUCGAGUGCCACUAUUACACGCCCCUGAGGAAGCAAGACACGAAGGAUUACAGCAUGGACGACAGCCAACUGGACGCCAGUGGUCAUGAAGAUGCCCCAGACGAUGGCCCCGAAGAGGCGCCUGAGCCGACCUCAGCUAAUCAACAAGUCACUAUUCGCAGAGCAAUCCGAUGCAAUAGAGAAUCACCUUGUUCUUAUUGCACUCAUGCCAAGAUCGAGUGUACCCAUGCAGACAAUAAGCCUAAGGAAAAAAGGACUAGAAUCCUCAUCACCCCACAAUAUGAAAGGAAGAUCGACCAGAUUGACCGUCGACUUGAGACGGUUAUCAGGCUCCUUCAUGAUAUGAAGGUCAACCCCUCGGCUGGAACUACCAGCAGUGAUAGGUCAGGCGGAGUCUUGGGAACACCCCCUACGGAGGGGAUGUCACUAUUUUCCCAAGAUGGGCCUCCUACAUCAACAAAUACGCCAUCGAGCCACGCUCUCCAGGCGGACGAAGAGUCCAGCGCGGUCGUUGAAGGAGAAUCAUCUCUGGCGGCCCACUCGGUAUUCGCGACGGAGUUCCUUCAGAAAGUGGUGAGCACCAAGUCACUGCAGGAUUCAAGCCUCGACCUGGGAGAGACGCUGGAAGCGCUAUCUCAAAUCGUCACAGCUCUCAAGCAGCAGCCAGUUGCGGGAGAGAUGACCUAUCCUCAUGCAAAGCCGGUACAAAGGCAACGCAUUCAGGGUCUUGAGUUGCCACCCAUUCAGAAAGCUGUGAACACCAUUCGCGUUGCAAAGAGCCAACGACUUUCUGGAAUGGCAUGGAUCUACGACUUCCUGCCAACCCGCCGAUUUCCAGACCUCUGUCUUAAUGUCUACUUCUCAGAAAACCACUCCGAAUACGACUUCAUCACUGUCAACGGCGGUCUCUACUCACUUUUCACCGACUACGCUGCACAAAUCUCACCAGAAGAUAAGAAAGAGUACCAAGAGUACGCAAGAAUGUGUAGGACAAAUUUGGAGACCAGCUUGUCAAACCUCCCACUUCACUUGCCAGCAUCUGCCGACGUGAUUGUAGCUCUUCUGUUCGGAACAUUCCACGCUGUCGAGAUUUCAAAACCAUCACUCGCAUGGACGCUGGCAUCAAAAGCCUCAGAAUUAUGUCAGACUUUGGGCUACCACAGAGUGGAAUGCCUCAAGAACACAAAAGAUGACGGAAAACCCAGGGUUCGCGGCAUGCACUGGCACCAAUUCCUCUUCUGGAACGUCUACUAUAUCGACAAGAGCCUAUCACUUCGCUUGGGUCGUGCGUCAACAAUCCCCGACUGGCACAUCACCAUGCCAGAGCCCUCAUUAGAGGAUCCCUUGGAGGACCCUCUACUACCGUACUACGUCCUAUGGAUCCACACCGCCAAGUGCCAGGGAAAGAUCUAUGAGAUGUUGUACAGCCCAGACUCCAUGGCACAGCCUUACCAUGUCCGCCAGACUCGCGUGCAUGAGCUUGUCUCCAUGCUCCAUGACGUAGAAACGCGGACACAAGAGGCGAAUCAGGCCAAAUGGGGUGACAGGGCCCGAGAAAUGGUGGAAGGGGCUUUUGUCGAUUUCUGUCUCAUAUCAGACUCGGUUCUUCGCCUGUCAAUGUUGACAAUGGUAUACAGAGCUGCGCCACGCGCUGAAGGUUCUCCCACGACUUUCAGCCCUGAGUGCAUAAAGGCCGCUAGAGCAGCUCUUGAGAAACAUCAAGAGUGUGUUUCGGUCAUGCGGAAGUCUCAUGAUGUCUACUUUGCGACUUACAUCCACUGGACUAUCAUGUUCGCACCAUUCAUACCCUUCAUCGUUCUCUUCUGCCAAGUUAUCGAGACGCAAGAUCAGCAAGACUUGGCUCGUCUACAUGGCUUCAUCCUCUUCCUUCAGGAAGCAAACACUCUCUCUGACGCGGCGCACAAGAUGCAUCGCCUAUUCCAGGUGCUCUACAGCGUCGCUCUCCGGUUUGUUGAAUUCCGAACGUCCACGCCACAGGCGCAACAGACACAGGCGAGCGCCGAGAUGGAUGCUUACCUUGCUGCCCUUGGAUUCCCUGCAAAAGGGGGCAAUGGCGGAAAUCAGCAGGUUCAGCAACAACAGCAGCACCAACAACAUCAACAUCAGAUGGACUUUUCUCAAAAUGCGAGCCAGCCAUCUCAGAUGGCGGGGGGCACUGUGAUGUCGGGUAUGGGAGGGGACGCCAUGGAUGAGGGGCUGAUGAAGCCUGGAAACCCAAUGAUGUGGAUGACGAAUGCGGCCCAGCUGGAGGACUUCUUGUACAGCAACCAGGCCAUGUUGGACCUGCUGCAAGAGCCCAAUUUCGAGUCAGGUCAGCACCCUUAA